UUGAAUUUAUUUUUGCACCCAAAUAUGAGAUUAUCAGGAAAAUGUUUAGAUGGUUCAAGAUACCAUUUUGCUCUUUUAGCCUUAAUAGUGAUGCUUAGCAGAACAUUUGCCCAAGACCAGAGCUGAAUGGAUUCAAUAUUUGGGAGUAUUACGAGUGGGAAUCAAGGAAAUCUUCUAACUAUGGCUAUAAGCACAGGAAAAGGAAUAAAUGAUCUUGGAGAAUAUGAUUUUUGUAUUAAUAAUCCUGGAACUGCCUUUAAAGCAAAGGAGCUUACCUAUGUUACUAUUCAAGCGUUUCCAUACCCGCUUUAUAUCGGAGUAUGCUUACCUUUAUCAUGUAACAGCAAGAAUACUCAGAUUAUCCAAGACGCACUUUCAAAACUAAUUAUAUCACAAGGGAUCCCCGCAUCUGCUCUGAUAGUGUUUCCGGAUUCAGAACCACCAACUGUUCAGGCAAUAAACUGGAUAGGCUUCUUUGCAUUCUGAUUAUUAAUAGCAAUCUGACUUCUUGGAAUUAUAGUUGAAUAUUCUAAUCUUUUCGGAAGAGUCGACUAUGAAGGUAUUGAAGACUCCAAGCAAGACAAAGCUCUCGUCGACUCUAAGAACACCCUCGGCAAAUUCUUCCUAUCUUUCUCAUUUUCAAGGAACCUGAGGAAAAUGUUUUGGACUCCACAGAGGAGUGAUGACUACCUGAGUGUGCUCAAUGGGCUGAGAGUCAUAAGUAUAGCUUAUAUUGUUUUUGGACAUAUUCAUGAAGCUUUUGAAUCUCUCCCUGUAAUCAACACACAAUCUCUACCUGAGCUUUUAACAAGUUGGUAUGGAAUUUUUGUAAUGGGAGCUUUUUACUCAGUGGAUACAUUUUUCUUCCUCUCAGCUUUUCUUGGGGCAUAUCUGAUGAUUCCCAAACUUCAGGGAGGAAAGAUCUUCACAUUUGUCAUGAUCUAUGUUCACAGGUUCAUCAGACUAGUGCCAACUCUUGCUGUUUUCCUUGCAUUUUUGAUAACAUUCCUUAACUUCAUGGGAUCUGGACCUCUAUGGUACUUUACCGACCUAGUUGUCGUACAGCCUUGUAAAUAAGUAUUGGUGGACGAUUCUGACAUUUUCAAAUAAUUUCCAUCCUUCUCCGCCUGAAAUUCCGUGAUUAAGCAUUCUUUGGUAUAUAGCCAAUGAUAUGAUGUUCUUCAUGAUUCUACCUUUCGUCAUACUCCUUUAUUGCAGAAAUAAAUUAGCUGGAUACUCCAUGACCGGGCUAUUGAUUUUAGCAAAUAUUAUUACUGUUUUCACCUUAUCGGAAAAGAACCAUCAUUCAAUGGCAAAAGUUAAAGACACAAAUAACAGAGAGAUCUAUCACAUGCCGUACUCAAGAUUUGGGGCAUACUUCGUUGGAUGUCUUUUUGGAAUGUUCUAUUACGAAUGGAAGCAAUCAAAGACCAAUCCUAAUUACCAAAGAUCUCCAGGAGCCUUUUUAUACGGAUCGAUAGAAUCUAGUCGGAUUUUGAGAAUCUUCUUACAUUUCCUUGGGGCUGGUAUUAUUUUGUUCCUCGUCAUGAUCACCUAUACAGAAACAAGAGUUCUUGAUAAGAUUAUUUGGCCUCAGAUGGCAUCAAACUUUUUCAAUGCUCUCCAUCGACCAAUAUUCGUUAUUGGUCUUGCACUUUUCUUGUCUGGUCCGAUGGUUGGAGGAAGCAAGUUUGUAAGAUUUAUUUUGGGAGGAUCAGCCUGGGCUCCAUGGGCAAAGAUAACCUUCAUGGUAUACCUUGUACACGACAUAGUACUAACCUGGUACUAUACUCAAACUAGACAAGCUUUAUAUAUCACAAAGAGGGUAGCCAUUUACUAUUGGUUUGCUGCGCUGAUACUAUCAUUUCUAUUAUCAAUACCAGCUGCCUUAAUAAUAGAGUCUCCUAUUCUCCAACUAGAGAAAUUAUUACUAUUCCCUCCAAAGAGCUCUAAAGGCCACUUUCACAAGCCUCCAGAAGCCGAAAACCAAAGACUCUACGACACAGAAGUAAAUUCAGAGACCAUAGAAACCCCCUCAGCAUCAUAAAUCCCCAAAUCCCACUCAAAAACACCUAAAAUCUAAUCACUCUCCCUUCCU